AUGGAGAAGUCUCUGGAUUUAAGUAGCUUUAAUAAAAGUGAUAGGGAGAAAAUUAUGAAGAAAAUAAACAAAGCAGAAUAUGAAGACACUAUGAGUACUUACAAUUCAAUAGUAGAAAGGUGCUUCAAUGAAUGUAUAACAUCAUUUAGGUCCAAAGAAUUAGAUAGCAAUGAAAACAAUUGCAUUUUAAAUUGUGUUAAAAAGUUUUCCGUUUUUUCACAGAGAAUUGGCAUGAAAUUCACGCAAAAUUUGAAUAACGAAAUGCAAAAAAAGGCUUAA